UACGUAUCUUUUUGCCGCCGAAAGGAAAAAGUUCAAAGUUACUUAUUGCUCCUUUUCUCACAUUUAAUCCAACCAUUUCAUACAUACUCUCCAUCAUCAUUAAAUAAUGUCUGGAUACGAUCGCGCUUUGACAGUAUUUUCUCCUGACGGUCACUUGUUUCAAGUAGAAUAUGCCUCAGAAGCCGUUAGAAAGGGUACCUGUGCCGUGGGUGUUCGUGGAAAGAAUGUUGUCGUUCUUGGCGUUGAAAAGAAAUCAGCUUUAAAAUUACAAGAUCCUAGAACUGUGCGUAAGAUUUGUAUGCUCGACGAUCACCUGUGUAUGGCCUUUGCAGGUUUAACUGCGGAUGCUCGCGUGCUGGUCAAUAAGGCUAGACUUGAAUGUCAAAGUCAACGUUUAACAGUUGAAGACCCAGCUUCUGUAGAAUAUAUCACACGUUACAUUGCCGGAGUCCAACAAAGAUAUACUCAAAGUGGUGGUGUUCGUCCAUUUGGUAUUUCUACGCUUAUUGUCGGUUUCGAUUAUCAAGCGCCAAAAUUAUAUAUGACAGAACCCUCCGGUGUGUACACGGAAUGGAAAGCAAACGCUAUCGGUCGAAGCUCAAAGACAGUUCGUGAAUUUUUGGAAAAGAAUUACCAUGAGGAUAUGGAAGAAAAGGAAACAAUCAAAUUGACGAUCAAAUCAUUAUUGGAAGUGGUUCAGACAGGCGCAAAGAAUAUCGAAAUUGCCGUAAUGACAUCAGAUGGAAAGGUUAAGUUCUUGGAUCUGGAUGAAGUUGAGAAUGUUACGGCAGAAAUUGAGAAGGAAAAGGAAGAAGAAGCUGAAAAGAAGAAAAAGCCAACAGUUUCAUCAAUGUAAAGUUAGAACGUCAUUGAAAAGGAUCCGAGUCACCAAUUAUUGAAAGCUUGAAUCCUGUCGAAAUAAACACGUAUAUGAUAACAUAUUUAAGUGACUCACUUGUGUGCUUUUCUUGAUUUGAAGAAGCUUUCAUUGUUUUAACAACAAAAAAGCGGACUGUCUUCGUUUUUAAUGGUCAAGGAACAGAAAUUUUCAAUGAUAAAAUGCUGGGAUUUCUUUCAAGUUUUCUUUUUUUUUUUUUUU